UUUGUUUCACCUUACUAGGAAGUGAUUCGCGUCCGGGAAGAGGAGGGACUCCGACGAUUAGCUGCCUGUUCGCCCGCAUGCUACAAGGUUGCGCCGUGUAUUUGGCUAUGUAAUGGGCAUCUUAAAGACGUUAACACACGGCUACAGCGAUUAUUGCCUCAACGCCGCGUGCAUUGUUAUGUUUUAAAACAGCAAGGCUUAUUGUGUUGUGGCCUGCUAUGCAGAAGAAAGCCUAGCACAGGCUAACGAUAAACACGCUGUUAUUAUAGGCUAUCAAUGCACGUUUAGUGUCCGUGAACUUUGUCACAUUUCCCCCUGUUGGUGCAAUGUCCACCUCGUUCUUCUCCAGACACGGUAGGAGGGUGUUUUCGGUAAUCAGCGGGGGGCGCAUCCGCAGUGGAACCGACGCACUUUCUGGAGUUCAUUUCGUUUUGCGACGCUUCAUUAUAGAUUUGUCAUACUCCACGCACUUCAUGGAUUUUAAAGGCUCUUCGAUACCGAGCUCUAUGAAAAAGCUGGUCGUUACAAAGCUUAGUCAAAAUUUUAAAGACGCAGUUGUCUUGCAAACUGUUCCAGUCCCUACACCUGGCGACGGAGACUUGCUUGUCAGAAAUCGGUUUGUUGGUAUCAACGCUUCUGACAUCAAUUACUCUGCAGGUCGGUACGACCCGUCGGUGAGGCCUCCGUUCGACGUGGGCUUUGAAGGCAUCGGGGAGGUGGUGGGGCUGGGCCUGAGCGCCAGCGCCCGCUACACCGUGGGGGACACGGUGGCCUACUUUGGGGACGGGGCCUUCGCAGAGUACACCGUGGUGCCUGUCAAGAAGAGCGUCCCUGUGCCGGCGGUGAAACCGGAGUUUCUGACGCUCCUGGUGAGUGGCGCCACCGCCUACAUCGCCCUGAAGCGCCUGGGCGACCUGGCAGAGGGCCAGACCGUCCUAGUGACCGCAGCCGCUGGCGGGACUGGCCAGUUUGCGGUGCAGUUUGCCAAGAAGGCGGGAUGCCACGUGAUCGGCACCUGCUCCUCCAAUGAGAAGGCUGGAUUCCUGAAGACCAUCGGCUGCGACCGGCCGAUCAACUACGCGUCAGAGGACCUGGCCGCGACUCUGCGGACAGAAUACCCCAACGGCGUGGACGUGAUCUACGAGUCUGUUGGCGGGAGCGUCUUCGACCUCGCUGUCAACUCCCUCGCCACUAAGGGGCGCCUCAUCGUCAUCGGGUUCAUAUCCGGGUACCAGACCUCCUCGGGGGUCCAGCCCGUCCGGGGGGGGACCCUCCCUGUGAAGCUGCUCCAGAAAUCAGCCAGCGUCCGGGGCUUCUUCCUGCCCCACUUCCUGGGAGACUACAGAGAGGCGCUGGUUAGCAUGAUGGGGCUGUUGGGGCAGGGCCGGCUGGUGUGUGAGGUGGACUGUGGGGACCUGGCUCCAGAGGGGAGGUUUGUGGGGCUGGAGGCCGUGUUCCGGGCUGUUGACUACAUGUAUGCAGGGAAGAACCUGGGGAAGGUGGUGGUGGAGGUGGGCCAUGCCCUGGACACUAGUAAGCUGUGAGCCCAGAAAGGUGGCGGAGGUGGACAUGGCCCCUAAACAAAAGGACUGGGACAGGUAGUCCCUGGUGAAAAGGCUGCUUCUUGGUUGUAGUCCAGGGUCUUGCUAACCCAGCACUAUUACUGAUAGCCCAAUAUACUAUUAGACAGAACACACUGGGGGGCUCUGAACACCAGCAGAUUUAUUUUAAUAUAAUUAUAAUACAAAUGCACACAACUAAUCGCUACUGUGACAGCUGAAAUUUAAUUUAGAAAAAAUCAAACUGUUCUCAAUGUAAACAAUGUUGUUUUUUCAAACUCGGUUUGUGCUCUUUGUUGAUAUUGUGACAUGCUUGUAAUACAGUAAGGCCAAAUCCUAUUUUGAUUAUGUUGAUAAAAAAAAAAAAGAAAUGCAGGAUUCUUCUGCUCUUUGCUUGUUUUGUCUUUUGUCAUUUUCUCUUUCCCUCUCACGCUAGCUUUC